AUGCCAUCUCUAAACUUCACCACCGGGGAGGAUCCACUAUCUUUAGACCGGAUCCGUUCUGUUUUGGUCAGACUCGAGGACACCAUAAUCUUUUCGCUCAUCGAGCGUGCCCAGUUCGCGCACAACCCUCGCAUGUACCAGAAAGAUGCAUUCAAGGAGCUCACAGAUCUGGGGUUUCAUGGCAGUUGGCUGGAGUGGUUUCUGAAAGAGAUUGAAACUUUUCACGCGAAAGCAAGACGGUACACCAGCCCUGACGAAUAUCCAUUCUCCUCUGAUCUCCCAGCACCCGUGCUUCCACUUUUAGACUUCCCUAAGAUCCUGUACCCAAACAAAAUCAAUGCUAACCCGUCCAUUCUCUCCUUCUAUACCAACGCGAUUGUACCCCGGAUAACACGUCGAGCAACACUCUCACUCGCAGCGCAGAAGCGUGCACAUGGGAUCACCGGUAGCGCCGAGUUUGAGGACGACGGUAAUUACGGAAGUGCGGCCACCCUUGAUGUAGAAAUCCUCCAGUCAAUCAGCAAACGCGUACAUUACGGCAAAUUUGUUUCCGAAUCUAAAUUUGUAGAGAAUCCAGCGGCUUUCAUCCCGCAUAUUCGUAGCCGGAACAGGGAGGCGCUGGAGGGUUUGAUCACGAAACCCGAGGUGGAACGUAAACUACUCGUCCGACUGCACAAGAAGGCCACGACCUACGCGCAGGAUAUCGUUGGAGAUGGGGAAGCCCCAGUGAAUGGUGUCGGCAAGUCGAGUGCGUCAAGUAAAAUUGACGUUGAUUGUGUAGUGGACCUCUACGAAAGUUAUAUCAUUCCCUUGACAAAGGAAGUAGAGGUUGACUAUUUACUUUGCCGCUUGGACGGACUCUCGCAAGAGGAGAUAAACAAUCUAUCUAAACCUAAAGCUUCGUGA